AUGGCAUCAUCUGAUAGUGGAGUGUCCAACACGAUCGACCCUAUGGCCAUUACCUCAGACGACGAGAUAGCCACGGACUUAGAGGUUUACACAUCAGACACCACGAGCACCGAUGAAGAUGAUUUUCAGCCUUUUGCCCAACCAGUCUUCGGAGAUGACUUACCCUUAGCUGAUGGUCCACCGGGAGAGGAUCUACCCCUUGUCCCGAUCCCUGCCCCUCUCCCGUUUGCCGCAGUUCCCUUUGAGGAACAGCCUCUCGACGUGUUACCCGAUGACGACAUCGAUCUACUUAUCGAGGGUCCCCCGGAGGGAGACCAGGAUGGCGGGGCCCCGAUGGAGGACGAUGUUCCACUAGCUGAUAUCCCAGUUAUUGACCCUGUUGUUCCUAUGGUUGAGAUUCCUGCUGUUGACUCCCUUGUUGUGCCACCUGUCGAGGCUCCUAUUGUGGAGGCCUUACCCGAUCUGUUCGUUUCCUACCCGUUUGAGUCAGCAUCAUCCACCACUAUUCAUGCCUAG